AUGCAAGAUAAUGACACGAAGGACUCGGCCGAUUAUCAUUAUGAAGCGACCGAAACGGUGAGGAACAUUUUGAAAAGGCAGCUGCUCACGACCGAUUUGUUCCAACAAACAUUUUUGACCACCAUUCUCACCACUUUGGAUAAUCAUACCGUCAACAAUAAUAGUGUCAUCAAUACAUGGUUGGACACGCUGCUAGAUUUUAUUGAAUUCUUGCCUGUUGACUGCUUACAAAGAGAGAUUUUACCAUUUGCUAUUGAAAGAAGUGAUCUAUCCAAGCCUGAACCAUUACGUUUAAUUAGUUGCAGAAUUUUUGGAUCACUUGCCCCUAAACUAAAUUCAUAUAUUAUUAAACGUGAAAUAUGGCCAUGUAUUUUAUCACUUUGCCAAGAUGAAAGUGUUCUAGUAAGGAAAACUGUUUGCCAAGAGCUAAGUAAAGUGAGUGCAUUUCUUAAAGACAAUACAGACAAUUCAAAAGACUGUAUUUUGCUGCCAGCAAUUGUGGAUUUAGCUAAUAAUGCUGAUUAUGGUGUCAAAGUUGCUCUGCUCGAUGUCAUUGUAGACAUAAUACCAUGCUUUCCCAGGGAAAUAAUUGUUACUGUUGUGGUGCCAAUGGUUAAAAAACUAAUUGACACAGAUUUUAAUAAAAGUAAUUUCCUAGUGGUGGCUGUUGCCAAGAAUUUUGGUGUCAUUUGUAAAGCUCUUAGAAGUUAUUUAAGUUUUGAAGAUGUGUCUUGGUUCGUCAAUAAAUAUACAGAUUUACUGAAAAUUGAUUGCAAAACUGACUAUAUAUGUAAUAAUGAUCAUACUAUUAGUGAUAAGCCAUAUUUGACUAUUCAAAAACUCUGUGCUAUGAGUCUAACAGAAAUCAUAAUUUUAAGUUCAUCUGACAAGGGUAGCACAACUUUGUUAAUUUAUCUUAUCAAUCAUUUGGUUGAUUUGGUCUCCGAAGAUUAUGUGGAGAUAAGAAUUGCUUUGGUUGAUAUUAUCAAAGAAGUUUUGGUAUCAUUAAAUGAUAAAGUUGUAUUGAUUUCUUCAGUGUUAAUGAAAAUGUUGUCUGAGAGAAAUAUUAAAGUUUUGAAAGUGAUGAUUCCUAAUUUAAGCUUUAUAAUUACAAAAAUGAAAUAUCAAGAACAAGUUUUAAAAUCACUGAUGCUCUUGGAAGAAUUUUUGUUUGUCCAAUACAACUGGAGAUUGUAUGCUGAGUUUUUACACCAGAUAAUAGUUUUACCUACAUGUUACACAUCUGACCAAGUAUUUUAUGUUGGAAAAGUAAUGCUCAAUAGAUUGGAAUGUGUUAGACAAAAACCAAUUAGAGAAGCGGUUUGCACAUUGCUAUUAACAAUUUUACGUUAUAAUUUAGAUGCUAAUCAAAGAACACUACUGCGUGAACAUCUCAUUGAUCGUACAGUGCAAAAUCCAAAUUUUUACAAAAGAUCAUUUUACAUAUUUAUAUGUCAAGAAGCUUUGAAUGUAUUUUCCUCAGCAUAUUUUAAAAAACACUUUUUCUUGAGUUUACUUUCUUUGGCAGAUGAUAAGGUUGCAAAUAUUAGAUAUAGCUUAUGUAAUAUAAUGUCCAACAUAGUAAAUAUAUUUAAGAUUUCGACUGAAAAACCUUUAGUUGAUAAAUUAAUUGAUACUAUAAACAAACUUUUAUGUGAUGAAGAUCGAACUGUCCAGGAACAACGUCCACUUUUAGAAUAUUGCAAUACUACUGUUGAUCUCAUACUACGGGGUAAGAGGAUUAUGUCUGAAUACACGGAAAUUGACGAUGAUAUAAUCAAAUUUAGUGAAGAAUCUCGUUUAUCUGUUUUGAAGUCAUCUGAACGUUUUCAAUUGGACAAUGGUGGUGUGUUCUUAAAAAGUCUAAUCGAAGAAAAGAUGUUUUCAAGCCAAAUAGAUGAAUGUUCAAGAACACCAAAUGAAGAUGAUAAAAUUACUUUAGCGGGUAAAAAGGCAUUUAUGUUGGAAUCUGAGUUCAUCAAAGAUACUGGUGUUUCUAUUAAUAAAAUGAUGGAACAUUCGUCAAAAAUACCUACACCUGUACAGCAAAUAGUUAUUGAUCCACAAAAUGGUAGAUCACUUAAAGAGCAAAAAAUAUCUUACCUGCCAGUAAAAAAAGAUAGAACACUCUCACCAGCAUAUCAAUCACAAAAGAGACAUGAAACUAGUGAACAUGUGGUAACUCGCUCAACAAAUAUUGCUAAGAGAAAUGCCAAUUUUGGUGGAAAAAGACUUAGUGUACCUGUGAUGUCCUGUAUCAAUGUUGAUAUAAAAAAAGAUGCAAAUGGAAACCUUGUUAAGUUUGCAGCAAAAAGACCACAAUCUUGUUAUGUAGAUGGAAAUCAAAUUGUUUUGCCAGAAAUAAAAACUGAAAAAUCGUUGUCUGAUGAAUCAUUGGAUAAAAAUUCCAAAAAUAAACCAUUGAGUCGUCUUCCAAUAAGAAAAUCACAAGGUGGUUUUCAACGUAAUGUAGAAUUAAAAAAAUUAGUUACUCAACCAUUGACAAAGUUUGCAAAAUUACAAGGAAAUACAGGGGAUUUACAUGGACAUGAAAUCACUAGAUAUCACAAUGAGUCUGUCCAAAUGGCUGAACUUUUUUUACAAAAUUACAAUAAUCCCAAACUUCAAAUACACAGUUUAUUAAAUACGAAACGAAUGCAAGAAAUAAAAGAAAAUCAAGAAAGACUUAUUCCAAUCAUAGAAAGUAUAAUAUUUUUGGGAAGACAAAACAUCCCCUUUCGAGGGCAUAGAGAUGAUGGCCAACUAGAUUUACCGUCUACCAUUGAAGAUGGAGGAAGUUCAAUAAACGAAGGUAAUUUUAGAGAGCUUUUAAAAUUUCGAGUCAAAGCCGGAGAUUCUACGCUUGAAAAUCAUCUGAAAAAUUCUUCUUCGAAGGCAACAUACAUUAGUAAAACAAUACAGAAAGAACGUUAA